UACAUAUGCGACCUCGUCUUCCCAAACUGAAAAGUGAAAACACAAUCCGAAGUCUGCUGCAUCAGAAAAGUAAAAAUGAUGAUCCUAACUGUAAUACGUAUUCUGUCAGUAUCCUUUCUAAUAUCCCAAGCAGUAAGAAUAAUGUUACUGAUUUCAAUUGGUCGCAGUAGAAGAAAGAAAGCCGUAGGGUUUUUCCAUCCGUACACCAACGACGGCGGUGGCGGCGAGCGUGUUUUAUGGUGUGCAGUUAAAGCUCUUCAAGAAGAACGCCCUGAUCUUGAUUGCGUUAUCUACACCGGCGAUCACGAUUCCUCCUCCGACUCCCUCAUUCGCCGUGCCGUUGAUCGGUUCGGCGUGAAACUGAUUUCACCUCCAAAGGUUGUGCAUUUAGAUAAAAGGAAAUGGAUAGAAGAAACAACGUAUCCUCGGUUCACUAUGAUCGGUCAAAGUUUUGGUUCGAUUUAUCUUUCAUGGGAAGCUUUGAACAAGUUUGUUCCAUUGUACUAUUUGGAUACUAGUGGGUAUGCCUUUACUUACCCACUUGCUCGUCUUUUCGGUUGUAAGGUCAUCUGCUACACGCAUUAUCCGACUAUCAGCUUAGAUAUGCUAUCUCGUGUUCAUUCGCGGAGUUCCAUGUAUAAUAAUGAUGCUUUUGUUGCUAACAGUGUUCUGUUAUCACGAGCGAAACUAGUUUAUUACACAAUUUUUAGCUGGAUGUAUGGAUUUGUUGGUUCUUGUUCAAAUCUUGCUAUGGUAAAUUCUUCAUGGACACAAUCUCAUAUUGAGAAGCUUUGGGGAAUCGUGCAUCGGACUAAACGAGUGUACCCCCCUUGUGAUACAACUGGAUUGCAGGCACUUCCACUGGAAAGAAAAGCAACGCCUCACAAAAUCAUUUCAGUGGCUCAAUUUCGACCGGAGAAGGCACAUCCUCUUCAGCUUCAGGCUUUUGCACUUUCCAUCCAGAAUCUAGAUUCAGACAUCCCUAGACCCAAACUCCAAUUUGUUGGUAGUUGUAGAAACGAUGCUGAUGAAAAAAGAUUACAAAAUCUAAAAGAUUUGGCUAUUGAACUGAAGGUAGAAGAGGAUGUAGAGUUCUAUAAGAAUGUGACCUACAGGGAGUUAGUAGAGCUAUUGGGUGGUGCAACUGCAGGGAUUCAUUCAAUGAUAGAUGAACAUUUUGGCAUUAGUGUUGUAGAGUACAUGGCUGCAGGAGCCAUACCCAUUGCUCAUAAUUCAGCUGGUCCGAAGAUGGAUAUUGUGUUACCAGAAGAAGAGCAUCAAACAGGGUUUCUUGCGCAAACUGUUGAAGAAUAUGCAGAAGCAAUUUUGAAGAUUCUAAGAAUGUCAGAAUCUGAGAAACACGAGAUGGCUGAAGCCGCCAGAAGACGAGCUAGCAGGUUUUCAGAACAGAGAUUUUAUGAAGAUUUUAAAGCUGCAAUUAGACCAAUUCUAGAUCAAUCUUUUGAAUGAUAUUGUGAACUUGUUAGGAGAUGAAAGAUAAACCACAUAGAAGAUGUGUCAUUACAGAAAAAAAUUUAACACAGUUUUCAAGAUGCUCUGUCUGUGAAUUUUCUUUUGUCUAGAAACUUGAAAAACAGGUGUGUUAUAGCUAAUGCAGUUUCCCAAGUAUCCGACCAGUCAGUCUUUAUUUGUGCAAAAUAGGUGUUUCCCGGGUGAACCUUCAUAGCUUCAAGUGUUAUAUUUUAGCAGUUUCAUUUUGUUAUAAAACACAAAUGACAAAUCAUGUCAAUAUAACUGUAGACAGAAUGUUGUUUGUAUUUUUAUUUAUUUAUUUAUUUUUAUAAUUAAUAGCUA